CUAGAGUCGAGUUUGAGUUGUGUUGACUGUUGACGGUGUUGUCAUAACACUGCUACAGUUAGAAUAACAGUAGCAGUUAACAGUAGUGCACUGUGAAAACUGCAGCGUACAGUCAACAGUGUUGAGUGUACGGUGUGCACAGGAUGUUCAAGUAAAAUAAUUUGUUGAAGUGGAGACCUUGAUCUGUCAGAUAUGUCAAUGAACAGCUGAAAUAAAAUUACAACGCAUUCUAUAUUCCAUAAUUUAUACUUUAUACAAUACUUGCUUUAAUAAUUGAAUUAUUGUGACAGUGACAGUGACAGUGACUAUGACUGUAACUUCCUGAUAUCCGACACGACGACUUGAUACUUAUUCAUCAAUAAUUUGUAAAAAAAAAAUGUUACAAAACAUGGCUAUCACCAGCAAAUAUCAUUAUUUAAUCAAUUAUUUUUGAAUAUGAAUAAUAAGUGUGGUAAGAGCUGAUAGUGAUAUUGAUAGUGGCAGUGAUUAGUGAUUUGACAGUUACUAAAUACAGUGAUUCAAGUACCACUGGUUUGGUAUUGUAUUAGUUGAAAUUAGAGUGCUGGUCGAAGCUGAUCAUGAUAAGUGUUAUGAUGCUAUUCAUGAACAGAAAAAAACAAAGUAAAUAUGAUUUUAAAAUAAAAAAUAAUGGCCGAUAAUAAUUUAAUAACAUCAGGUGUAUCUGUUAAAAAACAUCAUUCAAAUUCAAACAUCAGUACCCAGUCCAGUUCCAGUUCCAGUUGUUCCAGUAGUGAUAAUAAUCCAAAUAAAAUCAAUAAUAAAGUACUAGUCAAUAAUACAACAAAUCAAUCACAAUCACGUCAACCUGUACCAUUGUCAGUGUCUGUAGAUCAACCUGUGCCUGUGCCUGUGUCUGUGACAUCUAAUCAUAUGCAUAAUAAUUCAAUGAAAAAGAAAACUUCAUUUCAAAUAACAAGUGUCACUGUGGGUUCAUCACGAUUAAGUAACGACGGUGGCGAUGAUUCUGCAGAUGAUUUGGACGAAUCACAUACAGACGAUAUAUCAAGGAUUACCGAUAACGAGACGCCGAGCUUCUCCGAGGACACCUUGAGCAGGGACGAGGCUGUUGUGUCUACGGUCAUUCCAACUAGUGCACAAUAUGGUUUAGCGAUUUUACCGGAAGGUGCUUCAACUGUUCAAAUUUCAUCGACUACAAAUCAUACGGUGCCUAAUUCAGUAAAUAUCACUGCAAUUGAAGAGAUUGUUGGUAGUCCAGCUAAAUCAAAUUCACCACGGGCAGACACGCCAAAUAAAGAGAAUGCACCAGUAAUGGAGGUUCCAGCACCACAACGCUCCGAACGCUUCAAGGUGGUUAAAAUCGAGAGUACAGAACCGUUUAGGCGUGGUCGAUGGAUGUGCAUGGAUUAUUUAGAUCAUUCUGUAAAUCAACCACAUAAUUCCCCGUUUUUUAAACCAAUCGCUGAUGUACCACAAAGCACACAACUCAACGGGCUACCACAAACUAUGGGGCCGAUGACAAUAGCACCCCCACAAACAUUACCUGUUGUACAGAAUGGUACUGUAGGUACGGGUGCGGGUGCAACGACAGCAGGUUAUCAACCGGCACGAACUGUUGCUGUGCCAACACAAAACUCACCUGUUCAACAACAAGGAUCGAAUCAACAGCAAACUCAACCUCAACAAAUCGUUCAACAAUCAUCAACCGUUCAACAAUCACAGUCCGUCCCAUCACAAUCACAAACAAUUAUUCAGCAACCAUCACCCAACAUACAACCAACUCAAAAACCUGCACCACCGAAUCAACAACAGCAACCAAGUCAACAACAACCUCCUACUGUAUCGACUUCCACGUCAAAUAUUCAACAACAGUCUUCCUCAUCUCAGUCAGCAUCUGUAACUCAAACUACUGGUGGUGCACCACCAUCAUUACAAACUCAAGCAAGCGCUGGCGCAAAUGCACCCACUAGUAUUGGUGGUAACCAACAAAGUAGUAAUGUUAACAAUCCAGUUGUAACACAAGCACAACAACAACAACAGCAGCAGCAGCAGCAGACUGCUGGUGCAACUGGUGGUGGUGGUGGUGCACCUCCAACAUCAGUCUAUCAAUAUAUGAACCAACCAUUUACAAAUAUGAUGCCAGUUAUUACAAGCUCUGGUCUAUUAUUAACACAAACCACGACUACGACAAGUACAAGUGCAAGUGCACCUUUAUUAGUUAGUAGUGGGGGUGGUGGUGGUGGUGCACCCAUAAAUACAAAUACUAGUCAACAACAAACAAAUAAUGUGGCACCAGCAUCCGUAAGUCAGGCUUCAUCAUCAGCAACCGUGUCUUCACAACCGUAUGUGCCGUCAUCCUCUGUGUUUAAUCAAACAACAAUUGUACAGAGUCCUUUAACAUCUGUUCCACCACCAAGUGCAACUGUGUCCUCUGUAUCUGUAUCGACAUCGACCUCAUCACCAACCCCCACAUCCACUGCAAGCAAUCAAACUCAACCUCAACCUACCAAUCAAGCAUCAGGACCAGGACCAGGUCAAACGUAUGCAGGACAUCCAAUGUCCACACAACAGAUGCCAGUACAAGCGCAAUCAUAUUCUGGUCAACAAAUUCAACAUCAAUUUAUGCCUCCUCAAAAUUAUCCACAAAAUAUGCAACAAGUAAACAAUGGAUCAAAUCGAUGGACAAGCACUUCUGUUGGUGGUGAUAGCACAUCAAGCACAGUAUUAUCUGGAGGUGUAGCAACAAGUGUAAGUGGUGCACCAUUUACAUAUCCAACAUCAUCAAGUGUAUUUCAAGUGGGUGCUGGUGCUGGUGGUGGGGGUGGAGGAACACCAGUACAACAAGCACCCAAUAUUAUAAUGAGUGGCGGUGCUAAUACAAAUGUAGCUACAAGUUCAAGUGGAUUAACGCGUACACCUAGUUUGAGUAACAUACAACAACAUGGAGGUGGAGGUGGAGCUGGUUCGAUUGUAUCAUCAAUGACAGCUCAACAACAUGCAGCAAUGUUAUCACAAGUGCAACAACAAGCUGCUCAAAUGUUGAUGGUAUCGUUGAGUCCAACCACUUCUGGUAUUAAUGUUGAACCACAAACUUUGAUUGCUGCAAUCAAUGCGAAUCAAUUAAUUGCUGGUGGGGGUACAAUUAGUACUGGGUCAAGUAUUGGUUCAACAAAUAGUGAUACUCUUGUGACUGGUACUGGUACUGGUACAAGUUUAAUACGAACUAACGAUAAUACUGUUACCAGUGCACCUACACCCUCUACUGCUACUGCUAUUCCUGACGAUGAAAGUGCUUCAGCUGCUAGUACGGUCGCAAUUGAUAAUAAAAUAGAACAAGCAAUGGAUUUAGUAAAAAGUCAUCUAAUGUUUGCCGUCCGUGAAGAAGUUGAAGUAUUAAAAGAGAAAAUCGCCGAACUAAUGGAUCGAAUUAAUCAAUUAGAAUUAGAAAACAGUAUAUUAAAAGCAAAUGCUAGUGCUGAGGUCUUACAACAGUUACCAUCACCGUGCCUCAGCAAUAAUCAAACACAAGCGCAAGGAUUGAGUGGCAGUGGGAGUGCUAGUACUGCUGCUGGUGGUGGUACUGGUGCUCAGAGUCAACUAGGUAAUACAGGAUCAAUAAUUGCAUCGCUCACAAAAACAUCUUCCACAGCACCCAGUGGGACUACAUCUAGUGGAGCUGGUGCUGGUGGAGGUAACGUAACGUCAGCCAACAUGAAUGUGAAUGUAGCCACAAUACAACUUCAACAGCAACAAAGCACAACAAAUCAACAACAGAGUUCAACAACAUAAUGACUUUUGAUUUUUAUUCAAAAUUGAUUGUUUUUUUAUCUUGCAUUGCAUAAAAUAGUAGUGGUCAAUAGUCAGUCAAUCAAUAGUCAUUAAUAAUUGACUUGACUUGACUACUACAGCUAAAUCUACAGCUGAUUUUUCAUUCAUUGACUUCAUUUAGUUAGCUUAUUCGUAUCUUAUCACUUGAACUGAACAACUGAACUGUAUCUCCAAUUAUAACGUAACGUAACGCAACGCAUAGCUUCCACCAGUCAAUCAUUUAUAAUUUUAUAAACUCAGUUAUCAUUGUUAUCAUUGACUUCUAUUAACAAUAUUUACAGUUACAGUUUUUUUAUCUUUAAAAUUGAUAUUUAGUUGCUAGUCAGUCGCACCACAAUCAUUCAUUAUUGAUUAUCUAUGCAUAUAAAUCAAAAUUAUUAAUAGUCAAUGAUCGAUCUCGAUCAUUGCGAUCAUUGAUUUCUGAUAUAGGUAUCUAAUUCUUUUUAAUUUUUAUAAAUCAAAAUUUAAUAUAAUUAGUCAUUUUAUAGAUUUAGAUGGUCAAUAAUCAUUCAAUUGACUAGCCCAGAAAAAAAAAGAGAAGCUUAAAAAAUUCAAGUGAAGUUUUUCACCGCGAAUGACGUAUGGAUAAUCCAUUGCGAAAUGGACUUUCAUAAUUUUGCAAUGGGGUUUUCAUACGUCAUUUCUUGCAUCCUAAUAAGUAUAAUCCCGAUGAAAAACUUCACUUGGAUUUUUUAAUCAGAAAAAGCUUGAUUUUCCUGGGUCCUGACUUGAGAUUGAGUAAAAUUAUUGUGUUAGUUUGAGGAAUGUAACAAAAUUGUUUAU